CACAAACUAAAUUUCCAUCUCGGUGCACCGAACGUGUUCAAGAAACUCUCAUUCGUUGAAGCAUCAGCUGUCAUGAACAACAUUGACCCUGGUGAUGCCAGCGUGGAUGUACUGGCUAUUUUACAAGACCAGCUUGAAGCCAGAAGCAAACCAACUCUCGUAAUAGAAUCAACCGUUUUGAUAACCAUUAAUAUCACUGCCUUGCUUGGUAAUGCCAUCCUUUGCUUCAUCACCUAUCGCAACCCAAGGCUUCGUACCCCUACCACGAUGCUAAUUGUCGCCCUGGCUUGCACAGACCUGUUAACCGCUUUUUCUGUGAUACCACUGACAGUUGAUGCCGUCAUCAACAGCAGGAGGCGCUUCGGCGAUGGGGUGUGCAGAUUCCAGGCUUUUGCAAUGGCGAUUUUUGCCCAAAUAUCUAUCUACCUCAUGGCUUUGACGGCUUUCAAUCGGUACCUAUGUGUUAAGAAACGGAACCUUUACAAAAAAAUAUUUACGAAGAAACGUACAUUGCUUCUUAUUACCGCCAUUUGGAUAGUGGUGCUGGUCAUCAAUGGGUUCCCCAAUGUUCUUUCGCUGGAUGAUGUCUUCUUCUGCCCAGGUUACUUGCUGUGCUGGAGGAGGAUGAUGAGUCCAGCUUCUAUUUACUUGUUCAACGCUUGGCUUUAUGGUUCCUUCGUGAUCUCCUAUGUCGUUAUUGUGGUGUGUUACUGGAAAGUGUUUCGCGCCGUGGAGCAGCACAGCGUGGCCGUAGCUCCAAGCCUGAAUCAAGCAAGCCAGAAUACCCAGGCUAGAAACCAUUCUGAGGAAGUGUCUGUGGCGAAGGCAGUGGGAUCUAUCGUGUUUUCUUUCACCAUUUGCUGGAUACCGUCAGAAGUGAUGGACACCAUGGACAAGAUAAACCCACUUCUUUUACCUCGUCAGGUUUUCAUCUUUGCCACUUGCUUGUGGUUUCUCAGCAGCGCCAUCAACCCCGUCAUUUAUGGCGUCAUGAACAGCAACUUCCGAUCUGAGUACAAGAGAAUGUUCGAUGAUAUCUUUGGUUCUAUUAGUCCUCAGAGAGCGAUCUCGCCAAGUGAAGGCCAAGAUAUGUCCAGCCAGGGAAAUAAUUCAGCAUGAGAGCAUUCAAAUUUUUAAAAAGAAGGCAUUCAUUUUUCCUUGAGUGUCUCUAUGUCGCUCCGCGCAAGUAAAUUUAUCCUAACCGUCAAUUAUGUUCUUGUUGUCCUUUCUUCGUUUGAUUUUCAUUUACCCUGUCUGUUAUCAUUGUAAAUUUAUGUUAUUUAAGUAAUAUAUUCAUGUAUUUCAGAAACCACUGCUUAAAUAAUUAGAAUUGGAAAAUCUAUCGGUGCGUUUAUAGACUAUAUUGGCUUUAACAUGAACUUACACAUAACUUGUUAUAUCUUAUAAACCUCAGCUGUGAAGUGUGAUACAGGUUAGACGGUAAACUUAGUUGAUACAUUUUGCAUAAUGAAUGUAUGGCUAGUCGAUGUUUGACAGGGACCACAGUGCAACCCAAAAUUUCAGAUUUUUUUCAAAUUAGUAAGGCACAAAAGGCUUCUCAUGUUUCAAAAAGUCUGAGGUUCUCAGCUGGUGGCCUUACCCUGAUUGUUUGGAAGCAAAAUGUUGUCCAUGAAAAGAAAGUCGCGGACGCAUAAAUUUCGAAUAUAUGAGACUGGCUUUAAAAUGUACUUGCUGCUACACAAUGUUAAAUGGUAGAUAUCUAUUCUCAGAAUGUUUUCUGAAUUACUCCUAUGUUCGAGCAUGAAAUGUUAUGUAUUUUUACCCUGCUUUGAUGAACCACCAAUAAAUGAAUGUUUAUCCAACCACUUUAUUGUGUUUUUAUAUGUCUUUGUUUCCUAUUUGCA